AUAAAAUCAGUUGGGAAAAAUGUUGGAAAAGGGUGGCUACAAAACUCCAGGACCAAUCGCAUUGCAAAACGUUGACCUAUCACAAAACGGUAUAAACGCUUUGUUAUUUCAGGUGUUUGAUGGCCAUUGUAAUGUUCAAACAAUGAAUCUCAGUGACAACGCAUUAACAGAUUUUACUCCGGAUAUUUCGGAAAUGGUUAAGCUAAGAUUUCUUGAUUUAUCGAAAAACAAGAUUAAGAAAUUUUCCAACGUCAUGACAAUGCAAAAUAUUUCAAGAAUAGCUAAAAAGACGAAUCUAAAAAUAGAUUUGUCAAACAAUAUUUUAGAUUGUAGCUGUGCGUCCUUUGCAUUUAUUGAAUGGAUGCACGAAAACCAUGGUAUUUUUAAUGAUAUCCAUUCAUAUAAAUGUAAAGCGGAAAACGGAACUUUUAUAAUUUUGAAUCGACUUCAACAUAUUGUGUCCAUGCUAAAAAAAGAAUGUGAAACGUACACUGUCUUGAUAAUUUGUAUUUCCUUGGCAAUAGUCACUGCUCUUUUAAUUCUAUCUGGCGGAUUGUUAUACCGAUAUCGUUGGAGAUUGCGUUAUGUGUACUAUAUGACAAGAAAUAGAUACAAGCGAUACAAACAAAUUGAAGAAAAUAAUGAUUACAAAUACAAUGCUUUCAUUUCCUAUGCUGACGAGGAAGCAGCUUUUGUUAAAAACGAAUGCAUUCCUGAAUUAGAAGGAAACAGAAAUUUAAGUCUGUGUAUACAUCAUCGUGACUUCGUUGCUGGAGAAGAUAUCACCCAAAAUAUAACGAAUGGAAUACACGAUAGUAACAAAACAAUCUGCAUUGUCACUCAAUCUUUUUUAGAUUCAUAUUAUUGCAUGUUUGAAUUUAACAUGGCUAAAAUGGAGAGUAUUUAUUCGCGAGAAGGACAGAACAUUUUAUUUCUUGUAUUUUAUGAAAAUAUUCCGUCAAAAAAUCUUCCUUUGGUGAUGCUGGAGGUGGUACAACAGCAGUCUUACAUUGAAUAUCCAAGCGACGCUACCGAAAGAGUUGUGUUUUGGGAGAAUAUCAAACAAGCAAUCGAAUAGUUUAUCAAAACAAUAGUUUAUGUUCAUUGUGUGAGUUUAAGUAUCAUUUGAAAAUUUGGUCUUUGAAGGGUAUUAUGCCUGCAAUAAAAUCCUUCAACAACCAAA